GUCCCACUCUCGACCUCCCCCCCAACCCCAUCCUCAAUGCACCCGUUCGCCAUUGUAUUCGGUUAACUUAUCGCUCGUGCUUUUUUUUUUUCGCCUCCCCCCUCGUCCCGCCCGAUCGCGUGAACCUGCAGGACGCGCGCAGAAGACUGACUCUUGCGAAACCUGACGUCGCGUUGACGCCCGAUAACCAGAGUUUCCCCACGUUCAAUGCUUGAGAUAUCCGCCCGAAAUGGAAACUGAUUCGCGCCCCUCGAGCCCGCAACCCGGGGCCACGCAGGAAGCCUCCACCCCUCGAACAGACAGAAGAAAGUCCGGCCGAGCGACGCGCAAGCCGGAAUUAUUCUCGCAGAGCUACGGCGCCAAUGAAGAUGCCACCCCAAGUGGCGCCAAGCGCAAGCGUAACACCCCCGGCGAUGAUGAUAACGAAGACGAAGCCGAAGACGCGUCGGAAUCCGAAAGUGGCGAGUCCAACGAUGAGGAGCCCGACGCAGAAGAACUCAGAGAGAAGAAGCGUGCUGCGCGCAAGGCCGCGUCCAAGAAAGCAUCCUCCGGGACCAAAACCAAACCUAAGUCCCGGAGCUCGAAGAAACCAAAGGUAGCAAGCAAUGGCAUUGGGAGCCAGUUGGCUUUUCGCCCGGCUACCACCAACGGAAAGAAGCCUGCUUCACGCCUGCGAAAACCGGUGAUCAGACCAAGUCUGGCUGCCGGAGAAAAAGGCCUCUACGCCGAGGUUUUUGGCAAAGGUCGCAAUGCGGAUACCACUGCUGCAGAUUGGCUUAAAUCUUAUCAGAACGACCAGGUCUCUGCCAUGCGCGAGAUGGUGAAUUUCGUGAUCCGGUGUGCCGGAUCCGAUAUCGAAGUAGUGAACGAGGAUAUAACAGAAAUUGAUCAUGCACCGCAUCGUGUGGCCGACGUGUCAAAUCAGUACCAUACGCUUGGUUUCUCCGACUACCCUCUUAUCUCGAAGUCGCGGACUUUCCGAAAUUUCAAAGCGGUUCUCGAAGACUUUUUCAGCACGUUAAUACUCACUCUGCACCAUUCUUCCACCUUGUAUAAGGACCCAAACCUCUACGAAAACAUCCAGAUAUGGCUGGCCGCCAUUUCCAACUCAACCUGCCGGCCUUUCCGACACACGGCAAUCGUCAUCGUCCUAAAAGUCAUGAAUACCCUUUGUGAUAUUGCUCAGGAGCUCAUGACGUCGAUUUCUACCUCCCGCAAACAACUUGAGAGCGAGAAGAGGAAAAAGUCGGUGAACAAAGGAAGAGUUGAGGCCAUCCAAUCGGCUGUUCAGGAAGGCGACAAGAAGUUGGAACUUGUCGAUGAUAUCCUCAAAGAUGGCGUCAAUAUCUUCUUUGUUCAUCGUUAUCGCGAUGUGGACCCGACUAUUCGCGCCUUAUGUAUGAUUAGUCUGGGCCAUUGGAUGCGAACAUAUCGAGACUACUUCUUUGAAGGCCAGUUCCUCCGAUACUUUGGCUGGAUUCUAUCCGAUCCCGUCGCCCAUAACCGCGGCGUUGUGGUCGAAGAGCUUCGCCCCCUGUAUGAGAACAAGGAUAACAUGGCGGUUCUGCGCACAUUCAAUGACCGAUUUCGUCCACGAGUCGUAGAGAUGGCUGCCCACGAUACUGAUGUCGAAGUUCGUGCCUCGGCAAUUGUAUUAGUUGAUGUGAUUCGGGAUGCCGGCCUCAUCAAACCAGAGGACAUUGACACUGUUGGGAGACUAAUCUUCGAUUUAGAACCAAAGGUCAGAAAGUCAGCUGGUCGUUUCUUUGUCGCCAAUGUCGAGGACGCAUUCGAGUCCACCAUCGAAGAGGUCGGUGAAGAACUUAACGAGGUGUUUGGCGAUGAGGAUGAAGACGAUUUCGAGUCACCUAAACGUUCCUGGAUCAAAUACAAGUGCCUGACCGACAUGCUCCAAGCGUAUGACGAACAAGAAAACGAGUUGAAUCCCGAUCGCCCCGUUACCGCAUCCAGAGAUGCGCUUUCCGGAACCUCCGUGGACUCACGAUUCGUUCUUGCUACCGAGGCAGUUUACCCUCACUUCAAAGAACUCUCACAAUGGCAAUCUCUCGCCGGAUACCUCCUCUACGACCAUUCUCAAAUUGAAGAUGAGCCUAGCGAGGAUGAUACUGCGACUGUCGUUAAAAACCUAUACAAAAUGGAAGAAGGACAGGAAGUGAUUCUUUUGGAGAUGUUGUGCUGCUCUGUGAAGUUGCGAGUCCUCGAAGUGGCCAAGUCCGACAUUGACAAGCGAGGUCGAAAAGUCAAGGCACUGACCGACAAAAUCCCGGAACUACAAGAAGAGAUCGCUCAUAGUCUUGCACAAAUCAUUCCCCAGCUGCUGAACAAGUUCGGCUCUAUCCCCGAAGCGGCAUCUGCUGUCCUGCGACUAGAACAUUUGGUGGAUCUUGAUAAGAUCCAGGAUAUGCAGAAAGAUGCCACUGCCUACAUGACAUUGCUGAAUGACAUUAAUAAACAAUUCCUUACUCAUUCUGACCAGGAUGUCUUGGCCGAGGCUAGUGUGGCAUUUCUCCAUGCCAAAAGCUCUGAUGAUAUGCGAGAAGCGCUGGAGAACAAAGUGCAAGAGCUGUGGGAUGGUAUCGUGGAGACGCUCAGCACGCUUUCGCAGAAGGCCGAGGCUGCUAAGGGCAGCUCAAUACCUUCCGCAACCCUUAAUGAGCUCACUAAUACUGUGUCGAGAAUUUCCAAUCUUGCUAGCGUCACCGACUGCACACAUGUCUUAGAAACAUCGCCUUCUCGAUCAAAAGGCAAAAACAAAGAGGGAUCAGAAGCGCCUUUCAACACCCUCAUGCAUUUGGCAGAGCGUGGCCUUCGUGAAGAUGAACAAGACGAGGAUUUGGCCAGCACAGAAUCUGAGCUUGUUAUCAGCAGUCUCCGGACGCUGCUCUUCUACUUUAUGUGGAAGGUACAGUCUUUGAGAGCAUCACUGAGUGCCGGGAAGGCGGCUUUCAAUACGGCUUACUUCGAAGCUUUAACCAAGAGUCGCGAGGCAUUCGUAUCUACCCUUGUUGCUAUCAUGAAGGAGCGUUCAGAUUUGGACGACAUCCGUUUUGCUGCUAUUACAACCCUUCUGGAUCUGCAAACCUUGUUCGGCACUCUUCGCCAUGCAGGACAAACUGCCAGCAACGAUGAAGAUGUCAUUCUACAGACCCAGAGCUUGGUGCAUGAAAUCGACUCGAAUACCCAAGCACUCAUUAUCAAGAUUCACACCGCAGCAGAGCGUAAAUAUGCCAAACUGCGCAAAUCAGUUUUGAAGCACACCGACGCCGAGGAACCGGGUUCGGAUUCUGACGUGGAGAGGGAGCCUUCAGACGAUGAAGACGAAAUUGACUCAGAUGAUGAAGGCGCGGUCAGCGAGGCCUUGCGAUCCAGCAUCAUCGCUGAACAACGCCUGUGUGAACUUACCGGCAAACUUGUCCUCGCCAUCGUAGGACGCAUUGUCGAUGCCUCUGGCGACCAACAGGGCAAAUUGAAAAAGGCACUCUUGAGACGCAAGUCUCGCCUAGGUCCCAACUACCGCGAGGUGGUCUCUUUCCUCGCGGAGCCCAGAUCUCGAGGCGCUCGGAGCGCUCCGUCCAAACCGAAGCAAGCGGCUCCGAAGAAUGCGCCCAAGACUCAGCCCGCUGCCAACAACAAGCGUGCGAAUGACCACAAGUCAGCCGAAAGGGUGGAUGAUGAGGAUGAGGAUGAAGAUGAGCGUGAACAUUCUCCAAUUGAAGACGACGACGACGAAGAUCUACGAGCCAGAGGCCUCAUCGAGGAUGAUAUCAUUGAUCCCGAUGACGACGAGGAGGCGCCAAACCACGCAGCCCCCGAUCCAGAUGAGGAUGAAAUCAUGGGCGACUAA